AUGUCGACCCCUGCGAGGAAGAGGUUGAUGAGGGAUUUCAAGCGGUUGAUGCAGGACCCUCCGGCCGGCAUAAGUGGCGCCCCGCAGGAUAACAACAUAAUGUUGUGGAAUGCUGUCAUAUUUGGACCUGAUGAUACCCCGUGGGAUGGAGGUACGUUCAAGCUGACUCUCCAGUUUAAUGAAGAAUAUCCAAACAAGCCACCAACCGUGCGCUUUGUUUCUAGGAUGUUUCAUCCAAACAUUUAUGCUGAUGGAAGCAUAUGCUUAGAUAUCCUGCAGAAUCAGUGGAGUCCGAUAUAUGAUGUAGCUGCAAUACUCACGUCGAUCCAGUCAUUGUUGUGCGACCCAAACCCGAAUUCACCCGCUAACUCUGAAGCUGCCCGCAUGUUCAGCGAGAACAAGCGAGAGUACAACCGCAAAGUGCGGGAGGUCGUGGAGCAGAGCUGGACGGCGGACUGA